AUAUACGCCAUGUCCAAUAUUGCUAUAAAAGCACAUAUGCCCUGUACCUGUAUUAUUUUAAACUAAAGAUGUACGCCGCUUCAUCUCUCGUCUUGGCGCUAGUGACUUGUGGAUCUUUUUUCUCAAAUUUGGAAGCACAAAACACCACUCAAAUUUAUAGUACAACUAGACCACAUCCGUCUACUAUGAAAAACGACGGAGGACCUUCAUCCGAGGCUUCAAUUUACCUUAACGGAACGGCGCCUCCUUGUGGCUCUUGCGAUGCCUGUCCCGCUGGUUAUAGUGCUUAUCAUACGUAUGAUUGUCGCUGCCUUUGUGAAAACGCGGGAAUGGGAUCGAUGCAAAACAGUUCCGGUAUUCCGCGUGGACUGCUGGCCAGGAUCCUUCGAAACAUGAAGAACAAUGCUGACGCACUGGAGCAUAUGGCAACCGGCCUUAGUGAUGAGGCUGACAUAGCGGAGGAGGUCGCUAACAAUCGAUUCUAGCCAGUGGUUACUUGACAAUAUAAUAUGCCGGAAUAUUGACUGAUCGGAAAUGAUUCAUGAACAAUAUAUUUAGCUAUUCAAAGCAUGGUAUGUCGGAAAUAUUUGCUUAGAUUAUAAACACAAAUUGUCGGAUUUUUUUCACCUGGUUAUGUUUACGAUCGUUAAAACGAUCCUUUUUAAUAUUCCGAUUUCUAUUUGGAAUUCUAGGCAAAACGCUUCCUCAUAGUGUUAUUGGAUACCCUGAUGGAUAUCAUGCUUUGAAUUCGAAUAUUUUAAAGACCUCUCAUGUACAAUUAAACACACAUCGUCUCAAAAACAUCAAUUAUAAUUAUGGCAGACAUAUCCAUCACAUUUUUAACUCUGAACCUUCAAAAUGACUAAACACUUUGUAAAUAUAUUCUUAUUGAUUAUGGAAUUACAAAAAUUCAUGUUACACUUAACUAUAUUUUCAACAUGCAUAAACCUUGCAUGGUUAAUACAUAAAUAAUUGAGAAUGCCUAUAUCUGUCGCGUGUUUUUUAUAUAAGGUAACUCAAUUAGAUGCAAAAAAUAGGUGAUACAUGUAUACUGAUUGCAUUCCAAAAAUAUGACAUGAAGCGUAAGAAAAAAAAAACUUAUUUGUUUCCACUAACCCAAUCGGCCGUAAAUUUUGCGCCGACUUGAAACAAUCGACGGUUGGAUAUACCAAGACAUAAUUUAUUGGGUCCGACUUUUCACAUUGCAUAUAUGCAAAUUUAUCUGUCGGCGUUAUCACGGAUCUGUUAUGAAUAAUGGUAUAAAAUAGUGAAAUUAAUAUGUGUUUUUCAAAAAGAAAGAGUUAAGAGCUACACUUUUUCUUUCGUUGCAUCCAUCAGUUUAUUCCGUUGAGGCCGUAUUGAUUAUUUCAACUACGACGACGAAGUGUGAUUCGAUUCUCUUCAAUAUAUUACUUGAUUGUUGAUCGUUGAUGUUAAUUACCGCGAGUAUUUCAAGGAAUCAGCAAUUUUUCAGGAUGUUUUCAUACUUAUCAAUGCUUUUUUGCUCCCAGGUAGGGUGGCAUUUAGCAUUUGAACUGUCUGUCAGUCCGUCCGUCCGAAAACUUUAACAUAACUUUUGCAAUUUUGAAUAUAGCAACUUGAUAUUUUGCAUGUAUGUGUUUCUCACGGAGCUGCACAUUUUGAUUGGUGAAAGGUCAAGGUCAAAGUAAUCCUUCAAGGUCAAAGAUCAAAAACACAAAUCCAAGGGAAGUAACAAGCUUUAAAGGGAGAUAAUUUAUAUUUAUUAUUUGACAGGUAUGGAUCAUUUUUACAAAGAAAAGUAAUAUUUUUUAAAGGGAUAUAAUCAAAAACAAAAAUAAAUAAAUCAAACCGGCGCAGUAGGGGAACAUUGUGUUUCUGACAAACACACCUCUUGUUAUUUCUAUUUCAACAACAUGAUCUUUUACCUAAUGUUCGAUUUCCAUGCCAAGUAUUGGUUUACGCUAUCUUAAACCAAUACAUUAAUAUAAACGAGGUAAUUUAUUUACAAUUAAUUUAACAGCUUUGCAUGGAACCAAAUAUUAUUGAAAUUAAUUUCAUCUACAACAAGUGUACUCUCUAUUUGAUGCACAAACAAAAUUGUCAUGUGACGUAUGAAAGAAUCUGAAUGGACCAAUAUCCCAACGAUUUUCAUAUCAUGUUUUUCCUAAUGAGUUUUCUGCUGUACCACGGAAAAUUUGCCAUUUGAUAAAAGAAGUAUUUUGUUUAUUCUCGUGUUAUACUUCUUCUAACCGUUUAGUAAAGUUUUAUAUUCACCAACGUUUAAUAUGUUUUUAACAAAAAGUAAUUAGAUCGUGUAUGCUAUCUGCCAAAAACGUGCCAUUGCGCGAUAACAAACACUAGAUGGGGUAUACAUAGAUAGGUUCAUUUGUUACAUGUCAUGUAUUAAAUAAAUAAAACACAUGUGCGUCGAUCACAAAUAACUUUUAUUUGAUAUUCAUGAACAAUACAAACGUUUUUUUAACUUUCUCAUUUAAACUUCUUCAUAUACACGUUUAAUGACAUGAAUUCGCGUUAUUUCAAUAAUAAAUUCCUCAUUCAAAACACAAAAAUUCAACUCAUCUGAAAUGCAAAAUUGAUUGAUGUUUCUGCACGAUCUUGUAUUUAUGUACUAUAAAGAAAUUCCGCGAAGGACCAUGUGCUUUAGGCGAUUUGUUAAAUGGUUCAGUCUAUUUUAUAAAGAAAUGAUUAUUUCUUUAAACACUCAUUUUUCUCACAGGGUUUAUUAAGUUGUUCUCGUUGUCUUGUUGUAUGUAUGAUUUUUAACAGGGCAAUCAAAUAACAAACAUAAUAGUUUA